GCCCUGUACAAGAGGAAAUGUCGAACGAGGUGUCACGGCAGCAGAAGUAACACAAGAGCAGAAACCGAAACUAUGUAUGUGAACAGUCUCCUAACAAAGGACCUGGAAUGCUAAGAAUUAACCGUGUGAGAACCAGAGGACGCUACAGUGCCAAGGUUUUACAUGUGGAGAAAAUGCUAAACACACUUCAUAGAUUCUGGCUGCACGUCCUUCUGCUACAUGCCUUGAUGGCCAAUAUUUCUGGAGAAGACUGCUUUAGCAAUCAAAAGCUGCCAGACAGACUUUCCUUCCUGGGCACAAAGUUAGAUUUAAGCCAUUGUAAUAUAACUAGACUCCAUACAACCACAUUUCAGAAAUAUCUUAACUUACAGGUCUUGGAUCUUUCUUAUAACGCACUUGAAGAAUUAGACUUCUCAGUUUUCCAGUUUCACACUGUUCUACAAAAAUUAGACAUCUCACACAAUAAGCUGCGGACUAUAAAUUGCACAACCCUACAAUAUAUCAGAGGUGUCACUCAUCUAAAUAUGUCCUACAAUCAUUUUGAAACUACGUUCCUAUGUAAAGAAUUUGCUACGUUAAGAAACCUAAAACAUCUUGGAUUAAAUGUCACAAAGAUCGAGCGAUAUGAUUUCAUGAGUAUUGCACAUCAAAAACUGGAAACUGUGUUUUUGGGGCUUGAAUAUCUGCAGCAAUAUGAAUCUGGGAGCCUUCAGUUAUUAAAUUCUAAAAUGCUACAUGUGGUUUUACCUCAGACAUUGACAGACUCAGCUCUUCUAUUAUAUGAUGACUUCAAUAUCACUACAACAUUGGAAAUCUCUAAUAUACAAUGUGAGGAAACAUGUAAUGAUAUGAUUAGACAUAUUAAUAUGGUCAUCCAAAAAUCCAAGGUGUCCAAGCUUAUUCUUAGCAACAUCAAAAUGUCGUGGCCUGAAAUAAGCAAAAUUCUGCAAAUUUCCUGGCGUUCAACAGUUGAACAUCUGUCCAUCUAUAUGUUUAUUCUGGUAAAAGAGUUUGAUUACCUACAUAUUGACUUUUCAGAGGGUUCAUUAAAGUCUUUGACAAUCGAAAAUGUUAUUCCACAAGUCUUCCUCCAUGGCUCCUAUAAACAUCCUUUAAACAUAUUUUCAGAAAUGUUUGUAGAGAACUUGACCAUAUCUAAUGCUGAAAUUACACACUUGCCUUGUCCUCCACGGCCUAAUAUUUUCCGUUCCCUUAUAUUGUCCAAUAACAAAAUUACAGAUGAGAUUUUUGCACAAUGUGUGACUCUCGCUAAUAUUCAGUUUCUUAGCUUUCAAAAUAAUAUAUUAGACAGAUUGUCAUAUGUAACUUCUAUGACGUCCACGAUGAAAUCUCUAAAGCAUUUAGAUGUCAGCGGUAAUAGACUUUACUGUGAUUUCAGCACCAGGUGUGAAUGGUCCCAAAGUCUUCUCGUUCUAAAUAUCUCUAGAAACAAGAUCACAGACUCCAUCUUCAAUUGUCUACCCCCCAAUCUCGAGGUUCUUGAUCUCUCCAACAACCAACUAUCAAGCGUCAACAAAGAAAUUGGCAACUUAAAAGCUUUAAAAGAACUGUACUUGUCAUUAAACCAACUAAGUCAUAUACCAGACUGCAGUCACUUAAGUAAGAACUUGAUGUAUUUGAACAUUGAUGAAAAUUUAAUACAUUCCCCAUCCAAGGAACAACUUACAAAUUGUCAAAAUGUGGAGAAGAUACUCGCUGGAAAAAAUAAAUAUCAAUGUAAUUGUGAGCUAAAACCAUUCAUCGGCACUGCAGAAAUCUUACAUGAAAACCUCAUAGGAUGGCCUCAAUCCUUCAUGUGUGAGUAUCCAGAAGAACUCAAAGGCGUUAUCCUUAGGGAUUUUUAUCCUUCUGAAAUAUCUUGCAAUGUAUUCAUUUUAAUAGGCAUCAUUGUUGGCACCUUGGUGGUCCUACUGAUCAUCAUGUUUUUCCUCUGCAAACAUUUUGACUUGCCAUGGUAUAUUCGAAUGAUUUUUCAAUGGCUUCGAAGGAAGUACAAAGUGAGAAAUAGCUAUCAUGAUGAAAUUAUGACUGGUAAACGUUUUCAUGCAUUCAUCUCAUACAGUCAAGAAGACAGUGAAUGGGUGAAAAACUCACUUAUUCCAAACCUUGAAAAAGGAGAUAAUUCCAUAAAAAUCUGCCAUCAUGAAAGGGAUUUUAUUCCAGGUAAAACAAUAGUUGAAAAUAUCAUCAACUGCAUCGAAAAAAGUUUUAAGUCUAUUUUUGUACUCUCUCCAAAUUUCAUCCAAAGUGAAUGGUGCCAUUAUGAGCUGUAUUUUGCACAGCACUCACUAUUUGGUAAGAAUUCUGAUAAUUUAAUUCUCAUUUUAUUAGAUUCAAUACCCCAGUAUCUUAUUCCCAACAAAUACAGUAAAUUAAAGGCUAUCAUGAAACACAGGACUUACAUGGAGUGGCCAAAGGAGAAAGGCAAACACGGCCUAUUUUGGGCCAAUCUCAGAGAAGCUAUCCAAACAAAUAAUCCUUUGGAGGGUGAAGAAGUAUCUUUAUUUAAUUGAUAAUAUUAUGGGAUACCUAUAAUAUUUCUAGACAGUAUUAUGCAAGAUUAGGGAUACCUACAAUAUUACUACACACAGAAUUAUGCAAGAUUAGGGCAAUAACACGUAUGAGCAACUGUUUGCAUAAAGCUCCAAAGAGGUGAUAUGAGGUUUUACAUUACUGCCAUCCUCACAUUGUUAACAGACAAGGAAAUGUAAGUCAGGAGCACUCUGCCAGCCUUCCAAGGGCAGAGCUCAUGAGUCUGCACAGACUUUCCCUAAACGUGGAAAGGAGAACACUUUAUGCUGUGUAGGUCCAAUGGGGUCAGUCAGUAGAAAAUUAAAUGAAGGUCACUCUGGGUGGGUAUGGGCUUCCCAAACUUGGCCUUUUGUAUUGGAAAAUAACACAACGGUCAUGUGUACACAGAAAAAGAGAAAAACUAUACUACCUCUAAUUCUUG